UUCCCGUCUUAAAUCGUGCCAACGGUUUGGGGAGGUUGCUCUUUCACUCCCUCAAAUCACUUCGGAUUUUGAAAAUCAGCAGAGGAAAGAGGUAGCCAAGAGCUCCAGGGAGAAGUCGAGGAAGCGAGAGACCGGUCAGAGAGAGCGCGCUGACAAACGAGCAGAGAAGGACAGGGGCAAAGUGACUGACCUGCUUUUGGGGGUGACCGUCAGAGCGCGGCGUGAGCCCUCCCCCUUGGGAUCUUGCAUCGGACCAGUCGCGCUGACGGACAGACAGACAGACACCGCCCCCAGCCCCAGCGCCCACCUCCUCGCCGGCGGGCUGCCUACGGUGGACGCGGCGGCGAGCUGCGAGCAGGAACCGAAGCCCGCGCCCGGAGGCGGGGUGGAGGGGGUCGGGGCUCGCGGGAUUGCACUGAAACUUUUCGUCCAACUUCUGGGUUAUUCUCGCUCCGGAGUAGCCGUGGUCUGCGCCGGAGGAGGCAAACCGAUCGGAGCUGGGAGAAGUGCUAGUUCGGGCCUGGAGAAGCCGGGGCCCGAGAAGAGAGAGGAGGAAGAUAAGGAAGAGGCGAGGGGGCCGCAGUGGGCGCUCGGCUCGCGGGAGCCGGGCUCAUGGACGGGUGAGGCGACCGUGUGCGCAGACAGUGCUCCAGCCGCGCGCGCGCCCCAGGCCCCGGCCCGGGCCUCGGUUCCAGAAGGGACAGGAGCCCGCCAAGGCGCGCAAGAGAGCGGGCUGCCUCGCAGUCCGAGCCGGAGAGGGAGCGCGAGCCGCGCCGGCCUCGGACGGGCCUCCGAAACCAUGAACUUUCUGCUCUCUUGGGUGCACUGGACCCUGGCUUUACUGCUGUACCUCCACCAUGCCAAGUGGUCCCAGGCUGCACCCACGACAGAAGGAGAGCAGAAAGCCCAUGAAGUGGUGAAGUUCAUGGACGUCUACCAGCGCAGCUAUUGCCGUCCAAUCGAGACCCUGGUGGACAUCUUCCAGGAGUACCCCGAUGAGAUAGAGUAUAUCUUCAAGCCGUCCUGUGUGCCCCUCAUGAGGUGUGGGGGCUGCUGCAACGAUGAGGCCCUGGAAUGUGUGCCCACCUCGGAGAGCAACAUCACCAUGCAGGUAGGCGCCUGUGACAUAGGGGGCAGGGAGCGUAGAAGGGUAGGGUGGUACAAGGAUGGGCAUUAG